AUGCUUGAGGUCGACCCCCAUCACCAACGAAGCCAAGCUGCGCGUCUUCCUAUUUGGAAUUUGGCCCAUUAUGAUGUAGGGAUCAGCAACUUGAGCAGCACCGUCUGGAGUGAUGCAAAUCGUUCAACGGGUUUUGAGGAGUUUGUCGAAUUCAAGCUGGAAGAGGCCACCUUGCUUCGAAAACGGAAACUGUGGACUGAGGCUGUGAAAGAGGACUUGAGGACACUCGGUGUGGAUUGGCAGUUCAGGCGAGUAGGGUUUCGCUGGACAUGGAAUAGCGACGAAUGGAUUGAUUCCGUGCAAGCCCUCGCAGAAGAUCGAGAAGGUUGGGCAGAGCUAUGCUGA